AUGACUGUCAAUUCGCCAAAAAGUUACAAGCGCAAAGUCUCUGAGGAGAUAGCUUCCCCAGGAUCUGGGCAGGUGGCUAGCAAGAAGCCACGCGCAGAUUCACCCACGAAAGAGGAAGGCAAAGACGAACACCCCACGAAGGGUCCUCUUCGCAUCGUUCCUUUUCCUGAGAAGCCCGCUGUGCUCGAGGAACGCCGUGGCGACAUCGAGUUCCGUGUCGUGAACAACGAUAGCUCCCAUGACAGCUUUAAGGUCCUUACGGGUUUGAAGAACAUCUUCCAGAAACAGCUCCCCAAGAUGCCCAAGGACUACAUUGCGCGUCUUGUCUACGAUCGGUCUCAUCUCUCCAUGGCCAUUGUCAAGGAACCACUGGAGGUCGUUGGAGGAAUCACAUACCGUCCUUUCAAUACUCGCAAGUUCGCCGAAAUUGUGUUCUGCGCCAUUUCGUCUGAUCAACAGGUCAAGGGAUACGGUGCCCAUCUGAUGUCCCAUCUGAAGGACUACGUCAAAGCGACUUCUCCAAUCAUGCAUUUCCUCACCUACGCGGACAACUAUGCUAUUGGUUAUUUCAAAAAACAGGGUUUCACGAAGGAAAUUACGCUCGAUAAAUCCAUUUGGAUGGGCUACAUAAAGGACUACGAAGGCGGCACGCUCAUGCAGUGCUCCAUGCUGCCCAAGAUCCGCUAUCUGGAGGCUGGCCGCAUGCUUACCAAGCAGAAGGAGUCCGUCGAAGCCAAGAUCCGUAGCUUCAGUCGCUCCCAUGUUGUUCACCCGCCUCCAAAGGAAUGGAAGAACGGCGUGACUCCAAUCGAUCCCCUUAGCAUCCCUGCCAUCAAGGCAUCUGGAUGGUCUCCAGACAUGGAUGAAAUGGCUCGGCAGCCUCGCCAUGGCCCAAACUACAACCAGUUGCUGCACCUACUCAAUGACAUGCAGAACCACAGUGCGGCCUGGCCAUUUACUCAGCCUGUGAACCGUGACGAAGUCCCCGAUUAUUACGAAGUCAUCAAGGAGCCCAUGGAUUUGUCCACCAUGGAGGAGAAACACGAGAAGGAUCUGUAUCCCACUCCCCAGGACUUCAUCAAGGAUGCCAUGUUGAUCUUCGACAAUUGUCGUCGGUAUAACAAUGAGACCACUGCGUAUGCGAAAAGUGCCAACAAGCUCGAGAAGUUUAUGUGGCAGCAGAUUCGGAAUAUUCCGGAGUGGUCGCAUCUUGCCGACAAUCAUUAA